AUGCAUAUCUUACAAAUAUGGAUUAUAUUCAUAUUGACAGUAACAGAAUAUGUUCAUUGUGGUGACAAACCGAAUAACACAAAUGGUACUAUAGAAAUUGAUAGUCAUGGAGAAGAUGAUAACUUUGAGGUAACAGAACAGACUAGUGAGCAACCCACUCAAGAACCUGAAGAACAACCCUUUGUUUUAGAACCGGAACAAACAGAACCUCUCGAUUUAUCAAUGAAACCUGCUCAACCACAACCUGUACAUCCACAACCUAGACUGCCAAUACAGCCAAUACAAUAUCCAUUGCCAAUACAUCCUCAAGCUAGUCAACCUGGUUUCCCAGUUCAACCUGGUUAUCCAGUUCGACCAAUACCACGUUAUCCACCUGGAUAUCAGCCAUAUCCUGGAUAUUAUUAUCCUGGAUAUCCUCCUUACCCACCUUAUCCAUAUCCACCUUAUCCACCUUAUCCUUAUCCUCCUUAUUCACCUUAUCCUUAUCCUCCUUAUUCACCAUAUGUACCACCAACACAACCAAUACCACCAAGGCCUACACAUUAUGUACCACCUCCACAACAGCCAAUUGAACAACCAAUAGAAGAAACUCAGCCUAUUGAUCAACCAAUAGAAGAAACUCAGCCGAUUGAUCAACCAGCAGAAGAAACUGAACCAAUUGAACAGCCAGCAGAAGAACCUGAACCAAUUGAACAACCAAUAGAAGAACCUGAGCCAAUUGAACAACCAAUAGAAGAACCUGAGCCAAUUGAACAACCAAUAGAACAACCUGAGCCAAUUGAUCAACCUAUGCCGGUAGAUAUUAUUGAACCUAGUGAGACUCAAGAAAAUGUUAUUGAAAAGAAAACUCGGGUAAAGUGUAAGAUAAUUAAAUUAAUGAAGAGGAAUGAACGAGGAAAAUUGAUUCCAAUGACAAAAAAAGACUUCAAAAAAGUAAGUUAUCAUAUAACCAAAGUGAAAUUUGAACUCUUUGCAAAUCUUGAGCAACUAAUUUGUGACGGUGAGUUGGCUUAUGAACAUACACCUGGAAAGCCUUACGCAUCAUCAUUAAUUCAAAAUAGACAAUUUAAGGAAUUUUUCAUUCGAAUUAAAGAUAUAUUAACUAUAGUUAGACACAUUAACAACAAAUGGAAAAUAAGUGACCAUAAAAUUCCGUUUUGCUUUGAACUUUUCACCAAAGAUUCGGAGGGAAAAGAAGUUUUAAUAACCGAAGAGAGUAUUGAUGUCGAAUUAAGCUCAUUUGAAUGUUUUAAAUACAUGUUCAAUACAGGUGUUAGGUGUCAUAAGGUUGUAGUCAAGGAUAAAUUAGUUUGGGAAAAAAAGGAAGAUGAAAAUGAAUAUCCCGAGUCAAUGGUAGUAACAAAGAAAGGAAGAGUUUCAUUGUCCUUCGAAGAACAAAUUGUUAUAUUUAUUGAAAAAACUGACUGUUUUGAAAAGAUAGAAACCAAACAUAAAAGACCCAGUAAAAAAAAGUAA